UCUGUAAGAAAUGGAGUAUGAAGCAAGUUUAGGAUCGUAUGAAAAUGGAGCAUUAUGUUAUGAAGAUUUUCCUACAACAAGUGAACCUCUCUAUUUAUUAGGUGAAAAAUAUAGUACCAUAUACGAUAGGGAUGAGCUAAAACAUGAUAUUUUAUCAAGGAUAUGGUUCACUUAUAGAAGAAACUAUUCACAUAUAGGUGGUUGUGGACCAAAUAAUGAUACAGGAUGGGGUUGUAUGUUACGAUGUGGACAGAUGAUGUUAGCUCAAGCUUUAGUGCUUAGACAUCUUGGUAGAAAAUGGAGAUGGAAUCCUCAAGUAUAUGAUCAAAAUUAUUGGAAGAUAUUAAAAAUGUUUCAAGAUAAAAAGACUAGUAUUUAUUCCAUACAUCAAAUAGCAUCAAUGGGUGAUUCUGAAGGAAAAGCAGUAGGUCAGUGGUUUGGACCAAACACAAUAGCUCAGGUUUUAAAAAAGAUAUCAAUAUAUGAUGGUUGGAGUAAUUUAGUAGUACAUGUAGCAAUGGAUAAUACAGUAAUAGAAAGUGAUAUACGUGAUCUAUGCCAAUGUGAUAGUAAAAAAUCAAAACAGUCAGAUAUUAAUGGUACAGAUAAAGAAGGUUUUACAAACUGUGAUUUUGAAUCCCACCCCUCAAGUUAUAUAGCACCUGACAGAAUAUUGAAAUCAGAAAGAUGGAAACCAUUACUAUUGAUAAUUCCACUGAGAUUAGGAUUAACUGAUAUAAAUCCUGUUUAUUUUGAUAGUUUAAAGAGUUGUUUAGGAUUAAAACAGUCAGUUGGUAUUAUUGGAGGUAAACCUAAUCAUGCCCAUUAUUUCGUAGGUUAUUUAGGAGAUGAACUAAUAUAUUUAGAUCCUCACACUACACAAGUUUAUGUCGAUUUAGAGGCCAAAAGUUCUACAGAUGUAACGUAUCAUUGUCCUUUUCCUGGUCGAAUGAAAUUAACUCAAUUAGAUCCUUCAGUUGCUGUUGGUUUUUAUUGUGGUACAGAAGAAGAAUUUGAUGAUUUAUGUUUAACUUUUAGUAAAUUUAUAAUUGAAAAAAGUAAAAAUCCUAUGUUUGAAUUACAUAAAGUGCGACCAGCUCAUCUUCCAGCUAGUGAUAGUGAUUUUUAUACUCAUUAUUCUUCACAUAGUACAGGUUUGUUUUCUUUUUAUUCUUCA